AUGAUUUUUAAGUCAACACCUUGCGAACCAGUCUCUCCAUCCCCAACAGUACUUUUGUCUCCUGUUCUUCUAUCACGUCCUAUACGUUCACAGAGUGCUCAUUCACCCAACUUUCUUCGUAAUUUUGGGGCUGUAGGUGGUGGACAACAACAACAAAUAUUGCAACAUUCUGAUUCUGAUUCGGAGCCCUUAACAACCCCAUGUUGCUCUCGAGGCCCUUCUCUACUCUCUCGUCAAUCCCAUUCACGCCUCUCCAAUUCUCGCCUCUCUAAUUGCUCGUCACCUCUUGCUGGCACUCCUCCACCUCUUGUUUGUAGCCCUCCGAUAGGACUCGGUAGUGGUGGUGGCGGUAGUGGAUGCAGAAAUGUGACUAGAUCGGGCUCCUUUUCUCGUUAUCACCAACUUCAACAACAACAAAAUUCUUCUUCUUUUUCCUCAUCUGUCGGGAAUAGUGGAAAUUAUCAACACCAAUUAAUUAAUUUCCCCAAUAAACUUCCUUUAAAUAUUGGCCGUUGCCAUUCUUUUACACGUUCAAAUAACAACAAUAAACCUUUCCUUCCCCCACACCACCAACAUCCUUUACUUCAUAGAACGGCAAAUAAUACUGUUAACAGUUCUUUUUCACAAUACGAUUCUUUUGAAAGUAGUGCGAGUGCUGGAGAACCCUCCUACUUGCCUCACUCUUCCCAUUCAUUCUCUCGUCGAGGAGGUUCUCAAAUUAAUCGUAACCACCAUCCCCUUUUGGCUGGUAGACCCCCAUCUGCUGCCGCUCAACUUCAACGUUCUCAAUCAGACGCGUUAAAUCCAAUUCCUUCACGUCAUUCAUCACAAGGAAGUGGAAUAGAAGGAGGGGAUUUUCAAAGUGUUAUAUUGGGUGGGGGAGGAGACCGUUUGUCUGGUGGAGGUAUUAAUAACGGUAGUGGUGUUGGUGGGGAUACUUUAAGAAUUGGAACAACUAGUAAACGUCCGUCAGUAUCCCUUCGUGAUUUACAACAAGGUGAGGAAAUGAAGGAAAAAUGGGGGUUUGAAAAUAGAAAAAAUAGAAAAAGCCCUGAGGCGUUCUUUGACCUUAAACGUGCGUUGAUCACCCCCCAAGGAUGUAUUUUAUGCCAUAACUUUUUCAGAAGCCAACUUUUUGUGUUGUUAUUAUAUAUCAUUCGAAAGCCCUGUUUAUGCUGAUUAUUUUUCUCAAAGGG